CGCGCGGGAGCCGCCGGGGACCGCCCGUGCCGGUCAGCUCGGCGGCACCGCACUCAUCGGCUGUCAGUGACGCGCCGCGCCGCACGCCAGUCGGCUACCGCGCAGAGCCGGCGCCGGGCGUGCACGGGCACGUGCUGGGUGCUUAUAACGGCGGCCGGCGGCGGCUCGACCUUCAGUAUCCGCGGUGCCUGACCGGGAGAGCCAUGCGGCGGUCGGUGGCGGUGUGUCUGCUCGGUGUACUGGGCGUCUGUGCCUCUCAAGGUGUGGGUGACAGUGUGACCGCCAGUACCGCUAGUUCAAUAUGUGGGGGGUCGACAGCAGACUAUUGUGUGCGAACCUGCUGUCCCGAGGGACAGAAUGCCAUUGCCCGCGAGUGUACUGAGAGCCCACUCAGGUGGACACCUUCGUUUCUGAGUGGCGACGUCAGCCUGAAGGUGGUGGGCGGGCCGAUGAGGGAGUGCGGCCCGAACGAGGAUCAGGUCACGUUCACUACGUUCAGUGAGCCGCGGGCGGCGUUCGAGCUGCAGCCCAGCGGAGAGCUGACGGUGACUACUGACAGCGACGUCUACCACCUCGGGCACGACUACUGCUUCCGUAACAUCGAGCACGACGGCCAAAUCUUCGAGACGCUGCGCUGCUGCGUGCCCAAGGUGGUUCCACAGGUGGCGGGUCUCGUCAGCAUCGACAACGUCACCCGAGUCGCCUUCCGCAAGUGCUGUCCCGUCGGCCAGCUGCUGGUGGUCAACCGCGAGACGCAGGACUUUGACUGCGCCAACAGUUCGGUCAGCUGGCUGCCGGAGGUACUGCACGGUGAUCCCACCAGUCUAGUUCCGCUGCCGCCAGAAAAGGCCGAGAUUCGGGCCGAAGGGGACUUCAGGUGCCCUCAAAACGCAGUGCCGCAGUAUCUUCAUUCCGAUCACAACAAGUUCUUCCUGGAGGCAAACGGACACCUUCUGGUUGAUCUGUAUAAUGUGACGCUCAACCCCGACCGUUUCUGCCUGGACGUGCUGCAGAGCCCCUCACCAAAGCCGCAGGUGAUUGGGCAUGUCUGCUACGACGAAACGGAGAGGCACACUGAAGAACAGUUUGAGGAGCUGUGCCCCUCGGAGAGCGUCUGCACACGCAAGUGCUGUGCGGCAAACUUCCUUCUGUCGAACACCUACUGCAUCCCUGCGACGACGAGCCAGUGGCGGCCGACCUUCCAUCAGGAGGAGCUCGUCGUUCCCGAGCCAGACAACUUCACCCUCCUGUACGGCAGGUCCGAGUGCGAGGGUGGCCACAACUUCAUAUUCAGCAGGAGGGUGGGCGAGAAGGACGUGCCCUUUCUGCAGGUGAACGGGGACAUCCAGGUGCCCAGACUGAACCUGACCUUCAAGGCCCAUCAGUGCUGCAUCGAUUCCGAGGUCUUCUAUGACAAGUCCACGAAAGAGAACCACGUGGUCGAGACGGCCAUCUGCUGCCAGCCCGAGGACCUGGAGGCCUCGAUUCGGGAGUACGUCAACAGCACCCUGCUGACCAUCUCCUUCAUCUGUCUGUUCAUCAUGCUGGCGAUCUACAUGUUGGUGCCCAAGCUGCGGAACGUCCACGGGAAGUGUUUGAUGUCGCACGCGGCGGCGCUCUUCGUCGCCUUCUUCCUCACCGUCUUCAACCAGCUGCACGGCGUGGAACUGGGACCCGGCUGCGACGCAUUAGGUCUGAUGCUGUAUUACUCAUUUAUCGCCGCGCUGUUCUGGCUGAACGUCAUGAGUUUCGACAUUUGGUGGACUUUCGCCCCGCUGGUUUUCAGACACCUGCGCACCCAGUCGCCGUCGCAGCGCUCGCUGAGGAACCGCUUCAUCCGACACUCGCUGUACGCGUGGGGCGUACCGCUGCUGAUGACCUGCCUGCUGGCCUUCUUCAACUAUGUGCCCUACGACGUCAUCCCGAAGGGCGCCAUCCUGCGACCCGACCUCGGAGAGCGCAAGUGUUUCCUCUCGGGGAAGGACCAGGAGCUGUACUACUUCUACGUGCCGAUCUUCAUCGUCACUGGGGUCAACAUCCUAUUCUUCGUGGCCACGGCGUACACCCUGUACCAGGCGGAGAAGAGCUCCCGCAUCCUCAACAGGAAGAGGACAGCACGUGACAGGCUGAAGGUGUACGUCAACCUGUUCAUCAUCAUGGAGGUCAGCUGGAUCGCCGAGUGUUUGUCGACUCAAAUUGGACCCAUUCAAGCAUGGUACUUCACCGACAUCAUCAACGCGUCUCAGGGCCUGCUGAUCUUCCUGCUGUUCAUCGGGCGUUCGUCCACCCGGCAGACGAUCCGUGAGCGGUUCGUCGAGCUGGGCCGGCGCGGUCUCAUCGACUCGGUCACCAGGAGGAUCCGACACGCCGACAAGAAUGACGAGGCGGCGCGGACCUCAAUGCCCACCAAGACGACCAACACCAACACCACCGUGAGCUCCUCCGCCACGGCGCGCAAGGGCUCAGACAACGAGGCCUACCAGAUGACAGAGAAGGGUGGCACCGAUCGGCCCAAGGGCGGAGACGAGCAGGAGCUGACGACCGACGGACCGGACCCGGCGCCCGCCGACUGCGCCUGCUGAGCACGUCCUACGGGUAAAGAUGGCCAGCACAGCGGCAGGGGGAUGAUACGCCGGGGUUUGUAGGAGGUUAUUGAUCGAGCUUGUCGGUGAAUUUGCGGAUGGUUGUUGAGACAAAAGAGCUGGGUAAGUAUGGUGUGUUUUUUUAUAGAAAGAUGAGCUUCGAUGUGAUGUUUAGCGUAUUUGACUGGUGCCAUGUUUAUUCCUGCCGAGGCUGUUGUAAAGUGGACGGGCGCCGUGUGUGAUGUUCAUUUGUAUUGACCAUUGUUAUCUAAGAAUGUGUUCCGACUGGUUUGAUGGGUCACAAUAUGAUCUUGACGUUUGGGGUCUACUGUUUGUAAACCCCCCAUGUUUUAUGUCCAAUUUGGUGACUGUCGGUAGAUACACGGGCAAUGCCAGUUUAUUAUUAUGGCAACGGGUCGGAAUGACGUGCCAGUCGCAUUUAUUAUGUGUAGGAUGAAUGCAUAUGCAUUGCACAUUGCCCCAUGCACAAUGCAUAUGCAUCGUGAGCAGUUGUAUGUAAACAUGCAUGGUGAUGUGUUGUACCACAUAACGGGCAUUCGUCGUUUUAGUUGUGAUGUUAAAUCAGGAGUUGAUUUCCUAUUAUGGAAUGUAGUUGUUUAUCCUCGUCCGUAAGGUGCAUAAGCGAUCUCGUUUUCUUAGAACUCUUCUUCAAUGUCUGCCAAAUGCCAAUUCGGAUGCAACGUCUAUCUAACUUCAGUUAAUGUUCUAAUUCAGAUAGACCUCUGCUAAAGCAUACCUUUUUAUCGAUGCUAUAAAUUCGACAACCAUUAUAAGAUUUUAAGUUCAAAUCUGAACACGCUGGAUUUGUUUUCGGACGUUACUGGGAAGAUGGUGCACCAGCAACUUUACCGACGCUUCCACCUUUCGUGUUUGUGCUCUUUUACGACGCCAGUUUAAAAAGGGUGACUGUGUGAUUUGUUUGUAGUAAGAAGGUACCCGCUGUUGCAAGCUGUAGUUCUGUAAGGUCAGCCAAGGCCAGGUCAAAUAUGCUCCGUCUAUUUCGUAUACCGCUUACGCUAAUUUGCCAUGAGUAAGCUUGUGUACAA